AUGACGCCAAAACAGACAGCUCUCCUGCUUCUCUCCACCUACUACAGCCUGCUCAGCAAUGCCUCUCCCAUAGAUCCCGAGAAGCGCGUGACUUGUUCCAGCAUCCACAUCUUUGGUGCCCGUGAGACGACCGCCAGUGCUGGGUACGGCUCCUCGAUCACUGUAGUGGACGAGAUCCUCAAUGCUUAUCCCGGGUCCACUGCUGAGGCCAUCGUCUACCCGGCCUGUGGUGGACAGGCGUCCUGCGGCGAUGUCAGUUACUCUGAGUCGCUCAUCGAGGGCACCGCCGCGGCUGCGGCUGCUGUCAAUGCCUACAACGAGGCAUGCCCCAGUGCAGAGCUCGUUCUCGUAGGGUACUCACAGGGUGCUGAGAUCUUCGACAAUGCCUUCUGUGGUGGCGGCGAUCCUAACCAAGGGCUGACGUCCACCGCCAUCCCCAUCUCUACCGCCGCUCUUGCCCAGAUCAAGGCUGUCAUCCUCCAGGGGGAUCCUGAAUACGUCUACGGGCUCUCUUAUGAUGUGGGAAGCUGUACAGCCGGUGGCUUUGAUGCUCGCUCCUCAAGCUUCGUGUGCGCAGGAGCUGCCAAGAUCCAGAGCUACUGCGACGCAACUGACCCCUACUGCUGCAAUGGAGACGAUCUUUCCACCCAUGAAGGCUACGGCGCUGAGUACGGCGCCGCGGCCCUCGCCUUCGUGGAGAGCAAGCUCGGGUCAGGUACCGUGACUACCACUGCCCCUGCCACUGCCUCGACAACGCCAGUUACUGGCUGUUCUGCGCUGUAUGGUCAGUGCGGUGGCAUAGGCUGGACGGGCGCGACCUGCUGUUCUUCUGGGGCCUGCGAGGUCUCGAACUCUUAUUAUUCUCAAUGCUUGUAA